AUGGCACCAACAAAUAGCAGCCCCAACCUCUCAAAAAGGUCAUUCUGCGGCGAUGCAUUAUCAUUCUACAUCACCAAAAUCAAUUUCAGUUAUUACAUCACCUUCAUCAUCAUCUUCGUUGCAAUCUUCAUCGCCUCGCUCUUCGUCCGCAAAAGGAUUAGUGGCCCAGGAAAGUCGUUAAUCGGAUUUGCCUACAUACUCACGUUGCUCCUUGCAAUCACUUGCCUAGUCAUUGACUUUGCAGCUCUUCUUCGAUCUCUAUGUGGAACCGGAGGUUUCCCGGAAUCGCGCGACAUGGCUAUCGCCUCCAACACCCUCGGCUUCAUCAGCGUAUGGGGCAUGCUGUUCCUCGUCGUCUACCAAGUAAACAUUUUACUCCGCAAGCAACUCGGUUCGGCCGUUAUGAUGUUUAGAAUCAUCUGCGUGGCCAUGGUAGGCGUCAUCGGCGCUCUCUACAUAGCGUCUCUCAGUAUAUCCAGCUAUCUCUGGUGGGAGACACCGAAUAUGUGGAGGGAUGACCAAUGGAGUCUUCAGCUAUCAUCGCAGCGGCUAUCGUUGGCAGUGAGAGCGCUAUAUCUACUUUGUGUUAUCGUGUCGGCGGCACUGUCUACUAUGACGCUGUCUGGGCUGCGGAGAGCGCAAUUAGCUGCUGGUGAUCUCAUCGGCUGGGUCGCCGCCCUCCACAUCUUCAUGUUCAUCUGGUCCGGCCUAUCCGUAGUGCUGCAGGCACUAAGCCUUUACCUCAGAGACUUUGAUCCCAAAACAUCAAUAGCCCUGUCGUAUGUUCUGAUUGUGUUCCAAGCGCUUAGCUUCGUUGCGCUAUUGGGGAUUGCGAAGCAUUCGUGCUGGAAACAGGGCCGCAAGCCGGCGCAGCACGUUUAUGCGCCGGCUAUGCAGGGGCAUACGGCGUAUGUGCAUUGA